GAAUUGGGAGGAAGAGGGAGAGGGAGAGGGAGACCGGGAGGAUACCAGGGCUGUGGUGCCGAGAGAGGCUGAGGCUGAGAGGAGGAGCAGGAGAGAGGGUGCAGGGACCACCCUUAGCCGCCGUCUUUAGUUGUCCCCAGGGGAGAGGCGGGGAGAGGGCCGAGGCCGGGGUGGGAGUGGGGACUGUCACCCUCGGACCCCGGGCGUGAGAGGGGCCGUGCGGCCGGACGUCCUCAGGGUGGGCCCCCUGUCGGCGGCCGGAGACCUGGGGCUCAGUCCCUCCGGUCCCGUAUUUCUGCGCUUGGCCUCUCGCUCCUCAAAUAUCGGAGUAUCAGCCCCGCAGACUGCAGCGAUCCGGGACUCGGGUCCCAACCUCACUAAACCUGGGGCUGUGUCUCCUAGGAUUCCCAGUACCCGGGGUCCAGGCCCCUGCGUGCACCGGUCUCCGGGGUUCACUCCCCACGCGCUCAGGGAUCAGGCUCAGCCACUCCCCAUUCCGAUAUCUGGGGGUCAGACCCCACGAUCCGAAAUCCGGGAUUCAGCAGCUGUCGCCCUCGAGGAGGUGGAGGACUGGACCGCGAGGUCAGAUCAGGUUGUCACCCCCUCCCCUCCCAGGGAGGCUUCCCGGGCCCGCCCCUCAGGAAGGGCGACCGCCGAGGCAGAGGUGGCAAGGGGGGAGGUCUCCUUGCCCCUCUCCCUGCUUGGCAGAGCCGCUGGAGGAGCCCAGGAGGAGGCGGAGGCUUUGGGGCACCAUAGUGACCCCUACCAGGCCAGGCCGCAUUCUCAGGGCCCCCAGGGGCCACCAUGCCAGCUGGAGGCCGGGCCGGGAGCCUGAAGGACCCUGACGUGGCUGAGCUCUUCUUCAAGGAUGACCCUGAAAAACUCUUCUCUGACCUCCGGGAAAUUGGCCACGGCAGUUUUGGAGCUGUCUACUUUGCCCGAGAUGUCCGCAACAGUGAGGUCGUGGCCAUCAAGAAGAUGUCCUACAGUGGGAAGCAGUCAAACGAGAAAUGGCAGGACAUCAUCAAGGAAGUGCGGUUUCUACAGAAGCUCCGACACCCCAAUACCAUUCAGUACCGGGGCUGUUACCUGAGGGAGCACACGGCCUGGCUGGUGAUGGAGUAUUGCCUGGGCUCAGCUUCCGACCUGCUAGAAGUGCACAAGAAGCCCCUCCAGGAGGUGGAGAUCGCAGCUGUGACCCACGGGGCGCUCCAGGGCCUUGCUUAUCUGCACUCGCACAACAUGAUCCACAGGGAUGUGAAGGCGGGGAACAUCCUGCUAUCAGAGCCAGGCUUGGUGAAGCUGGGGGACUUUGGUUCUGCAUCCAUCAUGGCACCCGCCAACUCCUUUGUGGGCACCCCGUACUGGAUGGCUCCAGAGGUGAUCCUGGCAAUGGAUGAAGGGCAGUACGAUGGCAAGGUAGAUGUCUGGUCCUUGGGGAUAACCUGCAUCGAGCUGGCGGAACGGAAACCACCACUGUUUAACAUGAAUGCGAUGAGUGCCUUAUACCACAUUGCACAGAACGAGUCCCCCGUGCUCCAGUCAGGACACUGGUCUGAAUAUUUUCGGAAUUUUGUCGACUCCUGUCUUCAGAAAAUCCCUCAAGACAGACCAACUUCAGAGGUGCUUCUGAAGCAUCGCUUUGUGCUCCGGGAGCGGCCCCCCACAGUCAUCAUGGACCUCAUCCAGAGGACCAAGGAUGCAGUGCGGGAGCUGGACAACCUGCAGUACCGCAAGAUGAAGAAGAUCCUGUUUCAGGAGGCACCCAAUGGCCCUGGUGCCGAGGCCCCAGAGGAAGAGGAGGAGACGGAACCCUACAUGCACCGG